CUCUGCUCGCUUUUACUUUACUACCCAAAACCUGCAAACACAAACUUGUCUAAAUGGGUUGCUACUGUGAUGAUGAUCAUUCGAAUGAUGAAUACUUUAUUUCUGGAGCAUUGUUGCAGGCGGCAAGCGUGGCAGAGUGGGUGAGCUGGUCAAUUGGCUCCCUCCUUGCGAUUGCGUUUCUUGGAGUGGACGGGUGGAGAGCAUGGAAGAAAAAGCAACACUGGAUUCCAUGUCACUCUUUCCUUCUAGGCGCUCUUACUCUCCUACUCCUCACCCUCCUCAACAUGCCAUCCGCCGUUCUCCACUUUCCCCAAGAUGACAAAAAUAUAUGGGAUAUUCCAACUAAAAAAAUGUGUUGUCCUGAGUUUAUCUCGAGAAGGAUGCUUGUUCUGGCUGGGAGGGUCUCCCUGUGUGUGGUGAUGGGAUGUAUGUUGCCUGGACUUGCUAGCCCUCGCUCCUCAACUCUAAGUUUGUGGAGUGACAUUGCUGCCCUCAUUAUAAGUUGUUCAGCACCAGUUCUCCAUCUUUUUCACGAGUUUUACAUAAUUACAGCAUCUCUUUUUGCAUCUGCAUAUGAUAAUUAUUACGAUAGAUCUUCACUCCUAAAAUUGUGGAUUGUCCCCACCACGGUAUUAGUAGCAUUUAUAAUUCUGAUUCUUCUCCUAGUUUGUGCUGCUUUGGCCAGUAUCACCGUUCAUAAAAUUGUUUCUCAUAAGAUACCCCUCAUUCUUUCUAAUUCACCUUCACAGAUAAAUACGAUUGCCCAUUCUUAUUCAGAGUCUUUCUGGGAAAGAGUGGAAGACCAGGUAGUCAAGUCAUGGAUUGCAGUUUGCACUUCGAAUCCCCAAUAUAUAAUUGCCAGAUCAAUUCUCUCCUCAUCUGUCGCACUGGCCAUUACAGUUUGCAAUGCAAUUCUCGUGUUUGAGGUAGUACGGACGAAAUUCAAGGUGAGUAUUCACAUGAUUUUUCAUUGGCUAGUCAUCGUGUUGGGAUCUACUGUCAUAUAUUGGAGAUGGAUCACAGCAGUAGUAUUUUGCCCAAGAACUGUGGAAAAGAAAUGGGCAAGCAUUAUAAAAUAUUUUCAGAUUGAAGAUUUCUGGAAACGUUAUUUGCUUGAGUUGAAAGAUGGCCAUAAAAGCCACAGGCAAAUGGGCGACAGUUAUCUUAAAAUAUUGAUGUUAAAGGUGGGCCGUAGAGUGAGAGUUUAUAAGCUGAUUCCUCUGGUUGUAUGGCUGCAGAUAUUGUUGGUUCUUUUUAGCAAAGUAUGCUGGUUAGUAUCUCAGCUAUUGCUUUCUAACAUGUAUUUGCGUAAGCUUGUAAUGGGUUCGGCAGUAGAAGAAUUUCCCGAUUUAUAUGGAGGAAAAGGCAAGUGUGAAAUUGAAAUGGGAAAAUACCCAUUCUAUGAUAAAUAUUCAAAAGCAUUCGUGACCAUGAAUGGUGAAAAUGCUGCUUGUCUAUGGGUAGCCAACAGACAAUGUAUUGCAGGCAUAAACACGCAGCUGAAAAGGGGUGAAAAAGAGGGCAAUUCAUGUAAGGCAUUGGUAGAUUUGCUCAAGGAAAAACCUUCUAGCGGCUACAAAAAUAUGCAUCCGCAAAAGAGUGUUCCUAUCAAAUUAGAAGUGGAAAAGGAGUCUGCCAUCUACCAACGCUCUUGUAAGAUGAGAGCAGUCUCAAUAAUUACUGUUCUAGUUGAGCUCUGCCCAUUUACUCAGGAUGUGAAAAAGGCCAUUGGAGCCCUCGAAGCUUGUUCUCAAGCAUGGAGCAUCAUUGAUCUGGUUCAAAACCCUGACACCGAAGCCUUCCUGGUAAGUAAAACAGCUGACAAACUAUUUCAAGCUUUGCAGAAAAGAGGCAAAAUGUUGCAUAACCAUUUGGGAAUGUCCACUUCCGUUGAGAAUUCCUCAGAAGCGGCCAGAGUAGCUGUAGGUAAUCUUAUUGUAAAAGCCAAAAAAGUAGCUGAAGAAUACCACUGCAGAACAUGGAAUGAGGUCGUGGAGGGUUACAGCUUGUGGAUGGUGUGUGUGAAUAUUGAUUUUGAGAACUUCAUCAAGGUGGAGGGUAUCAUGGAUGAACUGGUAAAGAUGUUGGCAGAUGAGAUAGGGGCUUGUAUGGCCAAGGCAUUGGAUGUGAUAAUGGAGGAUACUGAGAAAUGGGCAACCAUGGCCAUGGGACAACAUAUUUGGGAAGCUGCAUACAUCGUUGGAAAAGUGAAGGGGAUCACGGAAAACUUGAGAUGGAUGUUGACAUUUAGCGCAAUGGAGGCUAAUAAGAAUGCUUCAGCAACUUCCACUGGAUUUCAUACUCUCAGAAAGCGCUCAUCUUUUCAGAUUGGCUAGCAUUACCAAAAGAUAGAAUAACGGGCAGAAUAGCUUUUCCCGUCUGAUUAUGUGCGUGGAAUAUAUAAUUUGUUUUGUCAAAAUAAAGUAUAAGGCUGUUGGGCAUGAACAACAGGUAAAAUAGUUUUGUCAAUAUUGAUAUGGUAUGAUGGUUAAGUUGUGGUGUUAUUGUUCACAUCAUCAAGGUUCAAAUUCUGUUGGAAUAUUAUUGUUGAAUAUUUAUAUUGGGGAUGAGGUUCCUCAUUUGUGAUCUCUCAUUAGUUUAUAGCUUUGAAUAAAAAAGAUAUAGUUUUAGAGUGAA